AACGUGAGAAAAACAUGGGGAGACAGUUUGACAUUUAACAACUGUGUAUCUACAUUCAUACGACACUAAAUGUGAAGUACGCGAGUGAAAGUGUACGUUUGACUCACGUAAGAACUCCGUGAGCUGCUAAAAGUGAGGUAGCCUAAAGUCAGGUUAGCUAGCUUCACUCGGACGGUUACUUUUCAGCUGUUUUACUAGCUUUUAGCCUGCUAACAGCAUGGAUAACACGGAGCAGGACGCGAUUGAACUCCACGGAGAUGAGGAAAUUGUUGAAGUCAUCGACCUGGACGAUACGGAGCCUGGUCCUGAUGAUCUGGCCGAUGACUUGGGGGACGUUGACUUCGAAGACGCUGGAAACGCGGAUGAUGAAGGCUGGGAGACAGAGGACGAGAUGGAGGCAGAGCAGGAUGACAGCGAGCUCACCUUCUCCAAACACUCUGGCUCAGUGUUCUGUGUGAGUCUGGAUCCUGCCACGAACAGCAUGGCGGUGACAGGAGGAGAGGAUGACAAGGCGUAUGUCUGGAGGUUGAGCGAUGGAGAAGUUCUGCUGGAGUGCUCGGGUCACAAAGACUCUGUGACGUGCGCCGUGUUCAGCCACGACUCGUCCCUGGUGGCGACGGGUGACAUGAGCGGCUUGAUUAAAGCGUGGAAAGUGGAAACCAAAGAGGAGAUCUGGUCGUUUGAAGUGGGAGAUCUGGAGUGGUUGGAGUGGCAUCCCUGCGCGCCGGUGCUGCUGGCGGGGACAGACGACGGUAAUGUGUGGAUGUGGAAGAUCCCGUCGGGGGACUGUAAAACCUUCCAGAGCUCCGCGUGCCAGGCCACCAGCGGCAAAGUCCUCCCUGAUGGUAAACGGGCUGUCGUGGGUUAUGAAGAUGGAACAGUACGCGUGUGGGAUCUGAAGCAGGGAAACGCCGUCUAUGUCAUUAAAGGUCAGGACGGCCACCAGGGGGCGCUUACCACCCUGGCGUGCAACAAGGACGGCUCCCUGGUGCUGACGGGGUCAGUGGACGGUUGCGCCAAGCUCAUCAACACCGCCACGGGCAAGGUGGUGGGAUCGUUCUCUGUGGACGGAGGCAAAGCCAAAGCAUCAAAAGACGACGAAGAAACCAACUCCGUGGAGUCUGUGGGGUUCUGCAACACUCUUCCUCUCAUAGCUGUGGCGUACCUGGAGGGAACUCUGGCUAUAUACGACCUCUCCACACAGGUCCUGAGGCACAGGUGUCAACAUGAGGCCGGCAUCGUUCACCUGCAGUGGGAAGAGUCUUCUUCUGUGGUGUCCACCUGCUGCUUAGACGGAGCACUGCGCUUGUGGGACGCUCGUACUGGCAGCAUGGUGUCCGAGUACCGCGGCCACACCGCAGAGAUCCUCGACUUCACCAUCAACAGGGAAGCAUCCGUCGCUGUCACCGCUUCCGGAGACAACCAGGCGAAAGUCUUCUGCCUACAGAGACCAGAUCGGUAAAGAGAGUCAAGAGAAGAGAAGAGGAAAUAUUCCAGGAGGAACAGCAGAGACUUUUCAUGAUCAGACUUUUUACUUCUCCAACACCGGAGAAUGUUUUCCCUUCUCCUCAGGAUUUUUAAAACAUUGUGUUCCGGCACCAUCUUGUAUGUCCGGAGUUUCACCUCUUGAUUCUGUAGAACAAGCUGUUUCUUCUAAGUGUGCUCUUGUCCAAGAAUCUGAGAGAGUAAACAGAGUUUCACAGAGUGAUACAUUACAGUCCUUCUCCUUUGACAUCCCUUUUUAAUGUUCGAAAUGUUUUAGAGAUAACACAAGUACGAAUAGAGGAAUUCAUUAUAAUUUUUCCCGCAAUUGGAGUUUUUUUUUUUUUUAUUCAUGUGUGUGGUCUUCCAGGUCUCAGACGGAUCAGUCAGGAAUUAUCUCGCCAACUCAAGUGUAAAUACCAAAUAAUAAAUAGUAUACCUCCUUCUGGUUCACCGA